UCACUAAACUGAACCUGGCAUAUUUUGAUUGCAUUGCCUUUGUUGACAAAACCGAGGCUACAUUUUAAAUAUUUAAAGCAUUAACAUUUGACAUGGCUGCCGCCCGUCGUGACAUAGCGCCGUUCUUGCAACGCGUGCGCGCUUUUCUGCUGGGCCGCGAACAUACCGUUGCGCUGCGCUUUGAGGAUGGCCUGGCCGAUCGCACACAGCCCCAGCCAGAGCUACCGGACGGCCCCUCGCACAUCUUAUCGGCCAAUUACUAUUGCACGCGCGAUGGACGCCACGAGGUCCAGCCGCCCAUUGACCUGGUGCAGCAGCAGAAGCUGAUCGAUGCGUCUGGUGAUGCAGCUCCCAAAGCUAAGGCUAAGCUGCCCACACCCGGCAAAGUCUAUGCCUGGGACUGAAGCACUGAGAGGAUCAACUGUAGAAAACGCAAUCUGUGUUUAAUUUAACUUCUUUUUUUUUUUUCUUGGAGGAA